CACCGCUCCCUCUCCUCCCGUCCACUAUAUCCUCUCCUACGAUACUGCGCGCUCAGCACAGAAGAGGAAGGUAUCUUAACUAGCCCAGGAUACCACCACACACCGAGUACUGUUACGUGUUCACGGUCUAGCUAAGCAGUGAUCAUGGGCUCGGCGGCUGACGGGAGCCUCGCCAACGAGAAGGCGCCGGCCGAGACGGUCGGCGUCGGCCGUUACGUCGAAAUGGAGCAGGACGGCGGCGGACCCAGCACCGCAAAGUCCCGGCUCUCCGGCCUUCUCUGGCACGGCGGCUCAGCCUACGACGCCUGGUUCAGCUGCGCGUCCAACCAGGUGGCCCAGGUGCUCCUGACGCUGCCCUACUCGUUCUCCCAGCUGGGGAUGCUCAGCGGCAUACUGUUCCAGCUCUUCUACGGGCUGUUGGGCAGCUGGACGGCGUAUCUCAUCAGCAUCCUGUACGUGGAGUACAGGACCAGGAAGGAGAGGGAGAAGGUGGACUUCAGGAACCAUGUCAUCCAGUGGUUCGAGGUGCUGGACGGCCUGCUGGGGAGGCAUUGGAGAAACGUCGGCCUGGCCUUCAACUGCACCUUCCUACUCUUCGGCUCCGUCAUCCAGCUCAUCGCCUGCGCUAGCAACAUCUACUACAUCAACGACAAGCUGGACAAGAGGACGUGGACCUACAUCUUCGGCGCGUGCUGCGCGACGACGGUGUUCAUCCCGUCGUUCCACAACUACCGGAUCUGGUCAUUCCUCGGCCUCGUCAUGACCACCUACACGGCCUGGUACCUCGCCGUCGCCUCCCUCAUCCAUGGCCAGGUCGAUGGAGUGAAGCACUCGGGCCCUACAAAGAUGGUCCUCUACUUCACCGGGGCCACAAACAUUCUCUACACCUUCGGUGGGCACGCUGUUACUGUGGAGAUCAUGCACGCGAUGUGGAGGCCGCAGAAGUUCAAGGCGAUCUACCUGAUGGCGACGCUGUACGUGCUGACGCUGACGCUGCCGUCGGCGGCGAGCGUGUACUGGGCGUUCGGGGACGAGCUGCUCACGCACUCGAAUGCGCUGGCGCUGCUGCCGCGCACGGCGUUCCGGGACGCCGCCGUGGUGCUCAUGCUCAUCCACCAGUUCAUCACCUUCGGCUUCGCCUGCACGCCGCUCUACUUCGUCUGGGAGAAGCUCAUCGGACUCCACGACUGCCGCAGCCUCUUCAAGCGCGCCGCCGCGAGGCUCCCCGUCGUCGUGCCCAUCUGGUUCCUCGCCAUCAUCUUCCCCUUCUUCGGGCCCAUCAACUCCGCCGUCGGCUCCCUCCUCGUCAGCUUCACCGUCUACAUCAUCCCCGCCCUCGCGCACAUGAUCACCUUCCGCUCCGCGCACGCUCGUGAGAACGCCGUGGAGCCGCCGCCGCGGUUCGUGGGGCGAUGGACGGGCACGUUCAUCAUCAACGCGUUCGUGGUGGCGUGGGUGCUGGUGGUCGGCUUCGGGUUCGGCGGCUGGGCCAGCAUGACCAACUUCGUCCGCCAGAUCGACACGUUCGGGCUCUUCACCAAGUGCUACCAGUGCCCGCCGCCCCCUCUGCCGCCGGCGGGCGCCGCUCCGAACGCCACCUGGCCGCCGUUCCCGGCGACGCCGUUCAACGCCACCACCGCCGGCCUCGCUCCGGCCCCUGCUCCUUCGCCGGCGCAUUUCUUCGGCCGCCACCACCGGCAUCACAGCCACGGGCUCUGAACACUGAAAUGUACGUACCAGGGCAAUGCUCGAGCUUUGGUUUAGCUAUAGUUGUUCACUAGCGCCGUCACUAAUUAGUCUUAGCUUAGCACAAAGCUGCAUCUUCUCUAGCUAUCAGUAGCAUGUCAGUCAGACGGAGUAUCCCGUUUCAAGUUCCUUGGUUCUGUACUGCCUCCUGGCGUGGAGCUCAAAAAACGAACAGAAAAAAAGGGAAUGUUGCUACGGCCGCAGAUGCAAGAGCCAGCUAAUCUAGCCUCUUUACUUUCUCUUA